GUUGCACAAGCAUGUACUUGCGUGCUGACCGUGUUAGUAACGUUACAAAAACAACGACAUACAACCCCGUCAUAAGCAUAUCAACAACGCUUUACUUGAGCAAAAGAAAAACGGCGCACAAUGCAGCAUGUCUCGACCAGCACCUGUAGCAGUUGUCAGCGGCGCGGUUACGCCAAACACUGGCAGCUUUCUCUGUUCAGAGAAACAUCCCCUCGCCGAAUUGCUCGUUAUCAAUCUACGCUUGCUGGACUUACAUCUGCGCGAUGACUGGCCUGGAAUAACGGCCAAGACUUUUUCGACCAAGGAUACACAGCAGAGCCAGAAGCUGCGUAUCAAGUGUACAGAAUGGAUGCUAUACCGGCUGUUCGAGCUGUGGGAUCCUGACGAGACUCGCGAUAAAUUGCAACCUUUUUUCCCACCUUUAGAACCGCUACAAUCCCUGAAUCUGCGCGCUGCCCUCUUUCGAUGUCUCAACGAGCUGAAGAAAAAUGGAGUGCUGGCCCGCGAAUCCGUGCUUCGCAAAACUAUGCUGGAUGAGUGUAAGGGCGAGAAAUUCAUGGAACUGCUCGUAAUCUUCUCGACUCUCGUUCUGCGUAAGGUAGAUGCCUCUUCUGUGCCAAAAAAGGCCCGCUCGACCGCGUACCGAAUAGCAACGGCCCCUGUGUUGUCUGCAGCGCAGCAGGGCUCACUGAUACCGCUUUCCGUGGCGCAUAUUGCAUCUUUGAGGAAUAUUCUGAAGACGCGGCAAGAAAAAAGGCAGCGAUAUGCACAAUUUGAGGAACUACUAGAUUGUAAGCGGCACCAACUUCGGCAGCGCGUUAAAUCUUCGGUUCAGUCCAAACGACGAGAGAGCAAUGUCAACGAAGAAAUGCACAUAAAAAAAGUCAUUGUUGAUAACUGGGCUGGCAAUCAAUCCAAGUGGGCACAGGCACUCUUGACCGGUGAUGAUAUCAAAGCUGGCGACUUGCCUCUACAAAUGCCGUUUCAUGAUUUAUGGCCCAUCAUAUCAGAUGGAGGAUCCCUAGACGGCGACGCCACGAAUAUGGGACUGCUAACAAACCUACAGAAGAGAGUGCAAACUCAAAAAGAGAGGCUUUCGAUGUGGCAGGAGUUUCAGGAAAAUUUGAAAGAUGAUGAACACGACGGUGUGCGCGAUGCAACAGAGAAGACAGUAAAAAUCACGAAUUUCAAAUUUGAUCGUCAUCAGCGAUUCCAGUUUAUUCCUGGCCGCGUCAUCGAUGGGAGCCGCCAAACACCAAGUGCGAUCAACGAGACAUACAGCGGUAUCCUCCAUUCAUUGCGAGCUGAACUUAACGACGCUUCAAAGUUGAGACGUACAGGCGGGCCCGGCUGGACCGAAAAAUAUGUUCGCCGCUCCGAAUUCCAGGAUCAUGAUGUUUUCUCACCUAUCAAGUCAUCGAGCUCUGUUAUGAUGACGGGGCAAGCAAAGAAGCUGGAUAUUACGCAAAACCAACCCACCCUCCAUCCGUUGUCAACAGUAGAGAGAUCGAACAUUAACGGAUUCAAGAUACAUCGCCUCGGCAGGAAUGAUUCAAAAUCUGACUCUACGAACUUCUCUACGACUAUGGAACCGAGUACUGGCUACAGAAGGACUCGCGAUAUACUCACAGGGGAGAAUCGGCAACCGACGCGUUCAGCGACGCCAGAGAUGGUAGCGUCACCAAUUAAUAUCACGCAACCAAGUCCCGAAAACAGCACGGAUGUGACGGUAGCAGAUCAUAUCAUCUCAUCUAUCGUCAAUGCUACUCCCUCACCUGCAAAACAGUCGUACUUGUCGCUAACAGAGCGCACGCGCAUGUCCAUGGCUUUCCUCAAUGGGGGAAACAACGCAGCAGAAUCAUCCGAGACUGACAUUGUUAUCCCUUCCGCCAAUUCAUCAGAACUCGAUCCUAAGGAGCUUCCACCAUCAAACAACGUUCAACGUCGUGUCAGCCUGCUCGAACGAACUCGUCUCUCCAUGGCUGCUAUACCGGCCCAGGCGCCAAAAUCACGCAAGUCUCUCGCUACCAAACAAAAACGCGAGUCGCUUUAUCCCAUUAAUCAAUUCGAGACACCUGGAAAGCCACAUCGACCUCCAAGCCCUAGACGUGAUGCGACACCAACGGAAAAGCUAUUCAGCGAUGAUGCUGAGUAUGCAAGUGUGUUUAAGAGCAGACCGAGAGUGGCGCUGAGUCCGGUAUUCAGCCCUGAGGAUGCGGAACGGCUUAGUUUGGGUGGGCAGAGCCCAAAACUCGACCUGGAUGAAAUCGAUCGGGCCGAAGAGGAAGACGAUGCGGGACAGAUCUCUGGAUUUAGAACCUCACCGCUUGCGACGAGGAGAAGGAUGGCUGCUGGCUAAGUUGACGACGAGCAGUCUUUCGCGUCCCCUACGUAAUCAGGCACGUGAUCGAAUGAAUGAGCCCUAUAUCCUGGUUUUUCUGGUGCAUCAAUGCUCAUUACCCCGCGUUGAUGUUCAUUCAGGGGGUUCCAAAGCGCUGGGACAUACCUAUGACGGAAAACUAAACCUUCGAGCGGGCAAUGUUCCUCGGUUGCGGUCCCAUCUUUACCUGCCGAGUGACGUGGUUGAACCAACUGGCUAGACAGGCGAUGUCAAAUAAAUGCUCGCUACAAGGAUUGUAAAGCUGAGAAGAAACGUUACAGCGGUUGCUGUACAGCUAGACGAGGAUGGAGGGCGCUAGAUGAAAUGCAGAAUUGUUUUAUCGUUUUGCUACUCCGAACUACUCGGCGCUAAGAAAACUAACAUGGAUAACAUGGAUAUCGUGGAAUAUCACAACCUAGUUCCUGCUUCAUAGUUACACUCCACUCGUGUACUACAUCCUGUCCUGAGUCUGGCAUGCAAACCUCGGCUCUUCGAUCGUCCGUCGGAACAAAGACGACGUGUUUCGCCGCGCUCAAGUUACGGACCCUUGACAACAGAAGUGUCAGCGUCGAAUACCUUUGUGCAUGACAUGCGAAAGUCUGGGAAGCGUUGACGGAGCUUGACGAGGAAGAGAACCGGGAUUUUAAAUCCGGACGGCCUCCGCUCUUUUCAACGUUUAUACCCGUUCGUAUUGUUCAUGGUCUCUUCUACUGGGCAUUUCCUCUCCGGUUGAAGAUUUCAUUCUGUGUACUUGGCUCUGGCUAGGGGAGAAAAUGGCUUGAGUUAGUGAUGUCCGAGAGGCCAUAGAUGGCACGUAGUUAGCUCAUAGUAGCGACGAAUAUUUUCUGCUUAUACCAUGGAAGGGUGGGAGGAUGAUGAUGAUGAUGGGCAGAUGAAAGGGAGUUGAAAAUGUGCCUCAGAAUUCGGUUAAUAAUGUCUUCUUAGCUAAUGCGUUUGUAAAC